AUGUUCAACAUGUUAAACUUCACAUGAUGUGAGAUAUAUAAUUUACCAAUCCUAUGAAUUAUGAAAGUCCAAAUUAGAUCGAUUAGUCCAUAAGUCAGUGAUCAAGUUGGCCCUCAAACCACAAUGUUGAGACAUCUCAUGAGCUCUAAAUGAGCCAACUCACGAGUUGAGCUCAACAAGCCACCGAGUCGAGCUAGCUCGCGAGCUUCACGAGCUGAACAUAGCUAGGCUCAAGCUUGGCUCGUCAGUAAACGAAUCGAGUUUCGAACAAGUUUUUCCCGAUUCGAGUCUCGAGUUGCUCGUGCAGCCCUAAUUUUAGAGGAUGAAACGAUUGACUAUCACGCGUAAUUAAUAGUUUAAAAUGCACAUUAGAUUGUCGUUCAACUCUCUUGUUAGUAAUUUCCAGCUAAACCUUUUAUCUUCUUGUACCGUUAAAACCCACUCUUCCUAGACUUUCACUAAUUAAAACGACUCAGCAGACCAUUAAUCCGGAUCAUAAACCAUAAUUUAAACGAGAAACCUGCCAAACAGGCCCAAAACAAAAAUAAAAUCGAUGAAAAUCUGAGAGAAAAUUGCGUGCCACGUGUCGUAAGUUACACCGUCGAUUACCAACCGUCUCGAGUGGGUCCCACAAUAUCUCCAAUUGAUCUGCCCGCCCGCCAACUUCCCCACUAAACUCCGAACUAAAAAACAAAAUAAUAAUAAAAAAAAAACCAAAAGGAAACGAAGAAGGAAAUGAAUAGGAGAGAGAUGAAUCAUCGUCGUCUCUCCUCCUCGCUUCCGUUAAAAAAGUGGCCUCCGCCGCGGCCUUCCUCGCCAUUAUCAUCAUCGAAUCCAGCCUCUUUUAAAAACCCAGUUCAUUACAUCUUCUUCUUUCCAUCUCCUCCUAUUUCCCCAUUUCUCUCUCCCCGCCAUUCAAUUGAUUCGCCAAGGAAGAGAGAGGGGGGGAAAGAAGGGAUUUUUACAUAUAAGGGAAAGCGUUUUCUCUCGGUUCCCCUCCCCCAAAACCCUAGAAUUCGUGUUUUGGGUUUGAGCUUUUUUCAAUGGGGGGAUUCGAGAACCGGGUAGCUUGCGACGGCGGCGCGGCGGAGCCGGAGGGACGGAUUGAGGAGGAGCAGAAGUUGAUCGAGGAUGUGGCCAUGGUGGACUUCAACCUGCUCUGCUCUACCGUCGCGCUGCAGACGCAGGGGAAAUGGACGGACAAGGUCCAAGCCGACGACGAGGAAUUCCACGAAGGCGGCGCCUCCGUGUUCCGGAUGUGGGAAGGCGGGGUGCUCGAUCUCUGCGACGACCGCCGCAUCGCCGUCGAAUCCUUCUGUUGUCCUUGCUAUAGAUUCGGGAAGAACAUGAGACGAGCUGGUUUUGGUUAUUGUUUCCUUCAGGCAACAGUGUAUCUCAUUCUAGCUCUAUUUGCGCUUCUCAAUCUCAUUGCAUUCUUCGUCACAAAGAGGCACCCUUUCCUUUAUCUAGCAAUCGGGUUCACAGUUCUUGUAGGAAUUUAUCUGGGUUUCUUCCGGUCACAGAUCAAACAAAAGUUCAACAUCAGGGGUAGUGAUAGUUCAUGGGACGAUUGCUUCUACCAUAUCUUCUGCCCUUUCUGUGCUUUGAGCCAGGAGGCGAGAACAUUAGAGAUGAACAAUGUACAAGAUGGGACGUGGCAUGGACGGGGUGAUACGAUAUGCGUAGGUGGGUAUACGGAAGGGAAUCAUGCUUACUUGCAGCUUCACCCUCCUGCUAUUGUUACCACAAAAUCCUCGGAUAACAGCAGCAGCAGCAGUCCACAGAAGGUCAGCGACAGCGAGUGCUGACUGGUUUCUCCAAGUUCUGUCUUCUCCUUUCAUUUUCUGUUCUGCUUUGCUGAACAUUUGGUGGGGUGAGGGGAGGAAUGGGAAUGCCGCAGGAUGAAAGCUAAUUGUCUGGUUUGUAGUUUGUAUAUAUUCUAUAGCGAGGAAGUAUUAGUCCAAGUGUAUGAUAUUCAUUUUUUUAGUCUUGGUAUUUAUAUAAAUCACAAUCAUUUGACACCACGUUGUUAUUUCUUCUUAUACCUCUUUUGUUCCAUCACUGUUCUAUGUGAAAGCAAAUGCUCGUAUAUAGGAGACAUUAUGGUGAAGUGCCUAUGUCGCGAUCCACAUCAACGGCAUAUGAUGGAUUGUCGCUUUUCAUAUUAACGAUAUUGUACUGACGUGAUUGUACCUCAUCCUAUGCACAAAGCACAAUUGAAAUCAAGUGAGAAGACGGUUUGAGUGUGUGAAAGCUAUGUUUUUCUUAAUCAGUUUGAUUAUAAUAAGGAAGAAAUUAAUAACCUUUGGUUGAUUUA